CGCAGCAGCAGCAGCAGCACCGGAGCAUUAGCACGGACUUCCUACCGGCGCCUCCCGCUCCCUGAAGCUCUCCCCCCGCUCCUUGUGACUCGGUCCCCGGCUGGAGAGAGACAUGCCGGACGUGAACUGGAAGCCCUUUGUGUUCGGUGGGCUGGCGUCGAUGACGGCGGAGUGCGGCACCUUCCCCAUCGACCUGACGAAGACCCGGCUCCAGGUCCAGGGCCAGGUGGGCGACAGCAAGUACCGGGAGAUCCGCUACCGAGGCAUGCUGCACGCCAUGGGCCGGAUCGUGAGAGAGGAGGGGCUCCUGGCUCUGUACUCCGGACUAGCUCCUGCCAUGCUGCGCCAGGCCUCCUAUGGGACCAUCAAAAUUGGCACAUACCAGAGUUUAAAGCGGCUGCUGGUCGACAGGCCCGAGGAUGAGACUUUGCUGACUAACGUGGCGUGUGGUGUCCUCUCUGGGGUUAUCUCCUCCUCCAUCGCCAACCCCACCGAUGUGCUGAAGAUCCGCAUGCAGGCUCAAGGAAAUGUGAUCCAGGGCAGUAUGAUGGGCAACUUCAUCCACAUUUACCAACAGGAGGGGACCAGGGGGCUGUGGAAGGGUGUCUCUCUAACAGCUCAGCGGGCAGCCAUCGUGGUCGGGGUCGAGCUCCCGGUCUAUGACAUCACCAAAAAGCAUCUGAUCCUGUCGGGUUACAUGGGGGACACCGUGUACACACACUUCCUGUCCAGCUUUGCGUGCGGUCUCGCUGGAGCUCUGGCCUCCAACCCGAUCGACGUGGUCCGGACCCGUAUGAUGAACCAGAGUGGAAGAGCUCUGUACCAGGGAACAAUGGACUGUUUAAUGCAGACGUGGCGCUCCGAGGGCUUCAUGGCUCUCUAUAAGGGUUUCUUUCCCAACUGGCUCCGUCUGGGACCGUGGAACAUCAUUUUCUUCCUCACGUACGAGCAGCUGAAGAAGAUCGACGUGUGACUUGCAGAGCGACAGUGGGAGCGUGUGAGCGCCUGCUCUGAGACGAGCUGAGAGGACAGAAAUUGGGGAUGGCUGGAUGGGGACGGUUUCUUUACGGAACCACAGGCGGGAGUUUCAUGUCAACCCAUGUCAGGGCCGGUAUGAGAAAGUCCCUCAUUCCUGAUUGGACUGUUUCCCCAGGCCUGUGGCAAGCGUAGAAGGGACUGUGACACAAUCAAACACCCAUAUUAGAUGUUUGAAGUCAUCAAAAUGCUUCUUUAGGCUUAACCACUCAUUUAAAUUUGAUAUCGGCUCUGUGGCACCUAACGGACUGAGAAAUUAGAGACGAUUUUGGGGUGCAGCGGAGACAGUUGUUUAUCUCAGUCAUUAGAUGUUUUAAAAAUGGCUCUGCUGUCAUGAGGAAGAUACACGAGGGUAGUGAGUCCUUACACUGAAAGUGGUCUCCACAUUGAGUGCCUUAGUUUGUGGUGCAGGCAAAGAUUGUCAGAAAGCAGCUGACAACCACAGUGUUCAUUCCCUUUUAAAAGAAAAAAAACAUGUCAAUGUGCACCAUGAGGAUCUGGUGGUGUUGUUUUUUUUACACUUUAUAUGUAAUUCUAAAUUGAGUGGGUGUGUGCAAAGGCGAAGUGAUUUCUUCUCCAUAUUUACCAAGUAAAGAACCACUAAGACAUGACUGUGUGCACUGUGAUAAACAGUUGCAUAAACAGCCUGAAGAGCAGUGUGGCCGUUUAACCAAGACACACGCAUCACAUGCCCAAAUGUGGCGAGCAGUGAUCCCUCGUGUCAAAAAAGGUCAGACAGUAAAUAUAACCCGGGGGGCCCCUGGGUUCCUGCGUUAUCGUAUACAUUGCUUUAAAAACAUUAUACAGACUGAUUAUGUAAGCCUGCUUAUUAUAGCUCACUCUCCUCUAGGUCGGAGGUUGGAAACAUUUAGAGGUGCAUCCUUCUAUGUUUUUUGUUUGCUUGAAGGCAACUCCAGAUAUAUUUUCAUAUACUGUAUUUGCAAGCUGUUUGCUUGUCUGUGAGCUUUUGUUUUAAGGAAUGCAAAUGUGAGCUGCUGCGGCCAAAGUGUAAGCCAUUGUACUUCUGUCAUACAUGCGAUGUUGAUGUAAAUGCUGCUGUAGCCAUGUAUAUUUUAAAUAAAAGACAAGACACCACA